AUGAGAGACACGCGAUCCUCGAAACUCGCAGCGGCAGACACUCCGAAAGAAACUUCUACCUCCAGGUCAAAAUAUGCCUUGUCUUCAAAAUCGGGACAGCCUUCUAAACUCUUUAUUCUACCGCGAUCCGCGACAGCAGACGCCCGAAUUGUCUCCCUCCCACACCCUCAGAAUGGACGGCCAUCGAGAUACCUAGCCUGCCCGGAGACAGGCCUCUACGAAUUCACAAAAGUCGCUGUGCCCAAGAAGGCGCCACGCAGCUGGCUGAUUGCAUCUUCUAGCAGCGAAAAGGAGAAGCAUGGCAUCAUUCAGAGCGCAGAGGCGGCCUCCAGCGCGGAUUUGUUCGUCGCGACGGCAGUCGACCCCUUGUUCCUGUUACUGCCUGCUUUGAUGGAUGCCAAGGCAACAAAACCCUCAACAGACCAGAAGCGCUUAUUUCUCUCAAUCGAAGACUACCUUCAUAAACUGCCGGAAGAUUUGUCGAAUCUAUCUGAGGUAGCGCAAUGGCCCAAGACGAAGGCGCUCCUAGAAUCGAGACUAGCCGCGGUAUGCGACAGCGUCGACGCCGGUGACGAGACCAUGUUCCGGGUCAACGAGGAGAAACUCUUUUCGGUCAUACUUUCUAAAGCUACCCGUUUUGCUUCUGGGGGGCUUCCUAUCAGCGUCGAGGAGAAGUUUGUGCAAAAAGCUCUCGAGGCGCCUAUCCUGCUGCGCAGCGCAAGCAACCUCGCUGGAUCCGCUGCCGCUGUCGCAACGGCUCUCGAAGAUGCGGAAUCCGGCACGUCGACGCCAAAGACGGAGUCAGCCGAGUCUCAAUUCAGUACUGCGACCGAGGGGUCGACUUUUAGCGCAAUAUCGCAGCCGUCCACGGCAGCGUCCUCCUUUUCCGAGGAAGAUGUCGCCGUCACGACCGCCAUGACAGCAUCGACCGAAGUGAUUCAGCUCCAGCGUCUCCGAGUCGCAUUUGAUUUUAUUUGUGCCAGUUGCAUCCCACAGGUUAUCGGCGAUCGAUUGAAAGCGUCUCUAGCUGAUAAGACUACUUGCAAGGUAGACUUUGAGCCGCUCUACACAUAUGUCACGGAUCUCGACAAGCUGCGCAAGGAGGCAAUGGCAACGCGACCCACUACUGACUUUUCAAAAAAGCGGAUGCGUGACGAGGAAGAGGACGAAGCGCGGCUAGAAAAGAAGAGAAAGGCGGAGGAAGACAAGAAACGCAAGGCAAAUGAAAGCCGAGGCGUCAGGGACUUGAAAAAAGUGAACACGACGGGCAUGAAAAAACUAAGCGCUUUUUUCACGAAGAAGUAA